GUAAAAUUAAUUUGUUGUAAUUUGAAAAUCGUGUAAAAUUUUAUUUCCAUUAGAAGAUGGCGCUGCUGUAUUAAUAAUUGUCAAAAAAUAUAAUGCUUACGACUUAGACUGUUACAAAACCAAAAGUCGUUAUAUUUUUUCUCUCAGAAGUCAGAGUAACGUAGUGAUUAUUAUUUUAACAGCACAUAUUACAAUAAUAAUAAUAAUAAAUUAUUAAUAUAAAAAUAUACUCAAUUAAUUAUAAAAUAAAUUUAAUGAAAAGAAUUAUUGGGUUUCAAGUAUUUAUUGUUGUUGAACAAAAUGGAAAUUUUAGGUUAUUCCGAUUCCCGAGAGCAUCAAAUAAUAUAUAAGUGGAAUAUUAAUAAAGUAAUACCAUUUAUUGAAUGUUCAAAAAACGAUCCCAAGCACGUAAAACUUGAGUCAUCUAAAUUUAGAACACCUGCUAAUAGUAAAAAUUUGUGGUAUUUACGCCUGCGAAUUGAAAAUGACGAACCGUCAGGAAAGAAAAAAAAAUGGAUAUCAUUAUUUUUAUGUCGAGAUGAUGGGAAAGAUGAAUUAAGAAUGAAGUUUUCACUAUUUAUCUUAGACAACAAAAACGAAAGGAAAUUCGAACAAACUUACUAUGCCACUUGUGAUGAUACUAAUAAUGGACGAGGAAGUUCAAAGUUUAUAAAGAUCGAACAAUUGCUGGAAAACAACGUUAAUCUUUUACCAAAUAAUACCUUAACUGUAUGUGUUGAACUAACUAUUUAUGACGACUAUAAAUCAUUUACUACUGGUUAUCCGUUGCAAAUACCACAGCGUCAAAUGGUUGAUGAUUUUAGAGAACUCUAUGAUAGCAAAGUAAACAGUGACGUUAUUUUAGUUGUAGGUGGCGAAAAAUUUAAAGCUCACAAGUUCAUACUGUCAACUCGCAGCCCUGUAUUUUUCGCAAUGUUCACACAUGAGAUGAAGGAAAAGAGAGACAGCGAAGUUGCUAUACCUGAUAUAGAACCUGAAAUUUUCAGGAAAAUGUUGGAGUUUAUUUAUACCGACGAAAUCAAUAAUUUGGACACGGAUGCUGCGGAUUUAUUAGAAGCUGCUGAUAAAUACCAAUUGCUGAAAUUAAAAAGUUUGUGCGAAGAAUCAUUAUCUAAAUCAUGCCGUAUUGAUAAUGCAAUUAAAUUGAUGAUUUUAGCAGAUCUGCAUAAUGCUAAUCAAUUGUUGGAGUUUAUUUUUGAAUUUGUAAUUAGAAAUAUCAAAGAUGUUAUUAAAACUCCAGAGUAUGAAGUAUUAGAAAAAUCUAAAUCAUUGUUGUUAUCAAAAUUAAUAAAGAAAUUAGCGGACUUGAAUGAAAAUUAAUGUUUUAACAGAUGAAAAAUGCUUGGUACAUUAGAAUCUAUUAACGAAAAGUACCCGGUUAAAGAGAGGACAAGAUUUCAGUGAAAUUACUACUUACCCUAGUAACACGUGCUCGAGCAAGAUUCUGGAGUAAGCAUCUUGAGCAAAACUUCUAGCUGCUAGUGUCUUUUUCUACGUAUGUGUCUUUCGGAAGAUCGUGCAUCAAAAAACCUAUGUCAAGAUUUAUGUAUGUCUUGCUCAUGGUAUCGUAGGCAAGAAUAUUAAAGAUAUCUUGAACACGCCCAAUGAAACAGUGUCUGACAAAUUUGUUGCACCAGUAACUUACAGUAGGUACUUACGCAAGGCUUGCUCAAGAUCUGCUCAAGACUCAAGGCCGAUUUUCCACUAUAGUCUUCCUCCAGAAUCGAGUUACAAUUUGGCACGAAUUUCUUAAGUAUGGCUUGCAAUUUAAAUCUGGCCACAAGUAUCUGCAGCAAGACACAUACUUAGAAAAAUACACUAGCACCUAUCGAUCUUGAGAGCAGACUUGCUCAAGAAUUGAAAAAAAUGUUUUUCUGCCCUCCGGCCGGAAAGUGGCAACUUUCGGGCCGCUGCCCUAAACAAAGUUGCAACUUUCCGGCUUCGUCGAGCAGAAAAAUAGUAUACGCACCUUGGCCAGUAAAAAAGAAAGCCUCAGACCACAUGUUUGUCAGCCUCGGCUUCGCCUAGGCCAACAAUUACAUGUGCUCUGAGACUUUUCUUAUUUUACUGGCCUAGGUAUGUAAUAUACUAAUAAAGGUAAAAAUUUGAUCGAUAUUUUGAAAAUGAUUCAUACUUGUUUCGUAAAUCUAAUAAUUUUUAUUUUUUAAAAAUGUAAGAUCUCAAUACAUUAGAUAGUUGCUGUAUUUUAAUAUACUGUAUUUAGACGAACAAUUAAAGUAUCAAUUAUAGUAUGAAUACAUUUUAAUUUUUUUCAAUACUAAGUAACGAUUAAUUUAUAUAAAAUAAUAUUAUUUUAUUUUCAUAUUUUUAAAAUACUGUCCAAUGUAAACGUAAAAAAUUGCUCAACGACGAUUGUGGGUUCGUAGAAAUU